AUGGCCGUCGCGCUCGAAGGCAUCCAUGGCGCGCCAGCAAGCGCAUGGCGGCAUCCUUUAUCGCCGGGGCGCGUAUACCGCCAUCUUCCGAGCGUGGUCUCCCUGACACGCUCUUCAGUUGCGUUGCGCAGUCGCACUCACGUGCAUGCCUCGUCCUCCUCUCUUAGUCCUCUGGGCGGAACUUGGCUGGCGAGAAACGCGCAGAGAAGCGCGGAAGGCGGAAAGAUAGGGCGGAAUUUGCGGAGCGUGGUGAGAGAGGCAGCGGGAGGAAAUGGAGGGGUCGGGGGAAGCGGAGAGGGGAAUGGAGGGGGGAGCGGAGGAGGAAGUGGGGGAGGAGGAGAGGGGUCUGAUGAGGGAAAAGAAGGGGAGGAAGGGAAUAAUCUGUUGCGGCGUAUACUUAUGGCGCUGACUGCUAUACUCGAGGACGCAUCUGCAAUGCUCACCUCCCGCACCUACCGCUGCCUCGAGCUCACCGUACAGGACGAAUCCGGCCACCUGCUGCCGCCCUCUGCAGACGUGUACGACGCGUUUGCUGUCCAGCCAGGCGACGUGUUCGUGCGAAGGGACGUGGAGGAUGCGGUGCAGCACCUGCUGAGCCUAGGAUGGUUCUCCCAUGCUGAAGUCUCCUGUCGCCCGCAGCGCUCCGGGUGGACUUACCUGCAGCUCACUGUUAAAGACAUGCACUACCCCCCGGCUACUAUUGCCAAAUGCGUCAACGUGGGCGUGUCCGCACAGGAGGGGGUGGGCGGGGGAGAGGCAGGAGGACGGCCAGCAGCAGCAGCAGCAGCAAAGAAGUGCCUGUUGCCUGAGAGCGAGGAGCGGGAGCUGUCGAGAUGGCUGUCCCGCCAGGGCCCCUCGCUCUCCCAGCCGCUACUGCAGCAGCUAGCAGCGAGGAUAGAGGAGUGGUACGCGAAGAAAGGCUAUGUGCUGGCCCGAGUGAGAAGCUUCGUGCCGCCUGGGAAAGGGGGAGCGGGGGUGGAAGGGGGGAAGGGGGGCGGGGGCGAGGUGGUGUGCCAUGUGGUGGAGGGGGAUGUGACGCGCGUGCAGGUGCGGUUCGUGGACACGGCAGGCAACACUGUCAAGGGCCGCACGUCACUGGCACUGCUGCACCACGUGCUGCCCACGGAGGUAGGGGUGGUGUACAACGCACGGCUGGGGCGGGAGGUGGUGCGGGCGCUGUACCGGCUGUCGCUGUUUGAGUCAGUGCAGGUGCAUCUGCGCCCGGACGAGACGAGGGGACAGCACGGGGGCGUGGUGGUGGACGUGGAGGUGCGCGAGCGACUCAUGGCUGCCGCCACUGCUGACGCCGACUGGCACUUCGCCGUGCCGCCCAACGGGUGGUUCCCACGCCUGGACUCCAUCUUCCCUGGCUGUCGAGUGCACGUGGAGCAGCACGGGUUGGGGGGCAUGAACCGGUCGCUGUACCUCGACGUCUCCACUCACAACAUCAUGUACCCCCAGGACGACCUCUCACUCAAGCUAGAGUACAUCCAUCCCUUCCUCGACGGCGUCCCCCCACCGCCACACCACGCCCUCUCCUCCCCAUCCUCCACCUCCCCCCCCCGUGCCACCACCGCCCCCACCACACACACCCCCCCUCCUCGCAACCUGCGCACCUUACGGGCAGCGCUGUUCAACUCGCGGCGCCUGUCAUCCGCGCUGGCCUUCCAGGGCCCCACGGCACCGCUCGCCCUGGCCCUCGACGUGGGGCCGCUCUGGGUGGACCGAACAGGGGGAAAGGUCUCUCUCACUGAGGAGGUGACGAGGCAGAGCAGCAGCAGCACGGCGUUGGUGUUCCAGGAGGUGUGUGUGCGCGAUGAGAAUGCCACCAUUGUGCCGCGCGUCUCACCCUUCCGCCACUCCCUCGCUGCCCCGCCCGCUACCACUGCUGCUGCUGCUGGGGGAAUGGCUCCACUUGCCGCCUCCUCUACUGCCUCAUCUCUCCCUAGUGCAACUUCUGACGGUGGUGUGAAUAACCAGGGGACUGGGAGCAAUAACAGCAGCGGGGGCGUGCGGAGAGGUGGGCUAGGCAGUGUGGAGACGAGUGUGAGUGGACUCGGCGUCGACCACCAACUCACUCUACAGCAUGUCGUGACGAGAGACGCCACCCGGCGCGUGCACGGCACGGCAGUGGGCGAGCGGGAUAUCUUCCACGUGGAGCAGGCACUACUGCCCUUCACCUCCCUCCCCUUCUUCAACCGCUACACCAUCUCCUGCACACGCUUCCUCCCCCUCGAAACCGUCUACUACGCUCUCUUCCCCUCGCCCGCGCGGGAACUGCGUCUGCGGCGGCGCCCGCCCCCUCCAGCGCGCUCGGCGCCGUGCACGCUGGUGCUGCAUGGGCGGCAUGGCGCAUGUGUGGGCGACCUGGCUGCUGUGGACGCGUUUCAGCUGGGGGGAGCGCACUCUGUGCGGGGCUUUGAGCAUGGCGAGCUUGCCACGUGCAGGCGAUUUCUUGAGUGCCUCCCUCCCGCUCCACCCCCCACUCCCCUCCCACUCCACCCUAAACCCUCGUCGCUCUGCUCCUGCCCUCUCCCAUGCCCCCCCUGCCCCUUCCCUCUCCAGCUGAGCACGGAGCUACGUGUGCCCCUGCGAGCGCUGCACCUCUACUCCUUCCUUGACUGGGCUUCCGACCUCGCCUCCUCAGCCUCUGUCCCCGGCAACCCCUCGGCGCUCUUUGUCAAACCCGGCGGGGGUUGGUCGUGCGGUGUGGGGGCGCAGUUUGGGCUCAUGCGCGUGGAGAUGGCCAGGGAUGGGCUGUCGGGUAGGAAAGACGUCGCCUGCUACUUUGGAGACCGGUAUUAG